AUGGAGGAGCUGCACGAGCUGAUGGAGAUCCACAAGGAGCUGCGCGACUACCACGACGAGCUUCUGUUCCGGCGGAGGUGCCUGGCCGCACGCCUGGUCAGCCGGAUCGCCUUCCAGCGCCGCGACGCCGCCUACGUCAAGCAUCAACUUGGCCUUGGCCUGAAGGUGGGGGAUAAGCUGCCGGAGGAGCUCAAGCAGGCCAGGCCGCCAAUCUCGAUGGCCCUUUUCUUGUGGCAUGAGAUGGGCAGGGCCUUGUACAUAGGCAUGGAUAGCUUCAUGGAUGAGUACAGCAACCAAGAGGAGUACCGGAGAGGGAUGCUGGCGUUGGUCCCCGGGGCUGUCCCCGAUGAGAACGGAGCCCCGCCGGAUUCUGUUGCCCCCCAAGAUCAGUAG